UCCCGCCUCGGCGCGCUGGGUCUUGUGGGUGGAAGCGCGCUGACUGGGUUCUGGCAUUUCGCGCAAUGCUGCGGCGGGGAGACCUGACGCUAACUCUGAGACACUUGAAUUAACUUUAGCAGAAGAGAAAUGGAGGAACCAUAGAACAUUAAGGAUGAAUUCGGGAAGACCUGAGACCAUGGAGAACUUGCCUGCUCUCUACACUAUUUUCCAAGGAGAGGUUGCUAUGGUGACAGACUAUGGAGCCUUUAUCAAAAUCCCAGGCUGUCGGAAACAAGGUCUGGUCCAUCGAACUCACAUGUCAUCCUGUCGAGUGGAUAAGCCUUCUGAGAUAGUAGAUGUCGGAGACAAAGUGUGGGUGAAGCUAAUUGGCCGAGAGAUGAAAAAUGAUAGGAUAAAAGUAUCCCUCUCCAUGAAAGUUGUCAACCAAGGGACUGGGAAGGACCUUGACCCCAACAACGUUAUCAUUGAGCAAGAAGAGAGGCGGAGGAGGUCCUUCCAGGAUUACACUGGGCAGAAGAUCACUCUCGAGGCUGUCCUGAACACUACCUGCAAGAAGUGUGGCUGUAAAGGCCACUUUGCGAAGGAUUGUUUCAUGCAGCCAGGUGGGACCAAGUACUCUCUGAUACCUGAUGAGGAAGAGGAGAAGGAAGAGGCCAAGUCAGCAGAGUUUGAAAAGCCUGACCCCAUGAAGAAUUCUUCUAGAAAAAGAAAGAAAGAUUUUGUCCCACCUAAGGGACACAAACUGGUGAGGCUGCCAAGCCCAUAUAGCCCAUGAUUGACUUCCAUGAUCUUGCCAUCCGGGAAAUUGCAACCCUGCUGAUUUGCGGACUGUUAGCUUCUCCCCAACAUGGUUCCCACAGCUUGUCGAUUUGGGCUUAGGAAGCUUCUCUACUCCAUUGAAGGCUCCAAGAAAGAAUUUUGGUUUAAUCUUCUGUCACAACUUUGAUUUAUCUGCCAUAGAUAAUUGCCCAGACUGUCAGAACCUUCUGGAGUUCUCUGAAAUGAGAAAAUAAUACAAUACUUGCAGCUACCACCGAGUGCCUACUGUCUAUCAGGCACUAUAGUUAGUAUUUACCGUGUUUAAUCCUCAUAGCAUCCUUUGAAGUAGGUAUUAUUUGUAAUUUACUGAAAACUGGCAUUACAGAAAGUUGUCUCUUGUUCUAAGUCACAAAGUAAGUGUCAGAGUUGGAAUUUGACUUAUCAUAUUCUCAAAUUGUUGUUCUGACCACCAUAUACCAUGAGGCCUCCCAUCGUCAUACAGGAAGAGGGACCAUGUGCUACAGAGGGAGACUCCAGAGAUUUUCAGUUGUAUGAUCUGCAUGCAGAUCCCAGCCCUACCUGUGUGAUCAGGGCCAUGGCUUCCAAAUUCUGCAGCCACAGAUACUAUCUCAUUAAAUCUUCACCACAGCUCUGUGACAUAGGUACUCUUCUUAUCUCUGUUUUACAUUUGGGGGAUGAGGCUUCAGUGAGGUGAAAUGAUUUGCCCAGGGUUACAGAAGAGUAGUGGUUAAGUGGCAGAGCCAGAACUAAGUCUGGGUCUCACAUCAGGUUCCCUGUUUUGUCCACCGUUUCUCGCAGCCAGCUCCCAAGACCUGGUCUUAAGCAGACUUACGCUCUCAGGAUACUGGCUGGAAGCCUAUAGGAGCAGGAACCUUGCCCUCUUCUACUCUCUUUCUCCUCCCAUAAUCUCGCCUUCUUAGAAAACCUUAUGGAGACAAUAUACACACAUGUGCAAUUCAAGGAAAAGUUUUGUGCAGUGCUUAAAAACUGCUGGGAGCACCCUACAGAAGCCUGGAAAUGUCUCAUCCUUUGUAUGUGUUUGUGAUGUGAAUCUGGCAGCAUGGCAUGGUGGGUAUAGUGUUGAGAAAGUUCUUUAUCAGUAAGGUGGUUGUGAAAGUUAGAGAGAGAUGUUAAAUUUUCAAGGGCAGCAGGUGGAGCCUUAUUAAUUGAGGGCAGUUAUUUUACCUGGCAGAAGGGUCAAAAAGAAAGCAGGCUGGGAGUCAGGAGUCCUAAGUCUCUUACUUUCUUAUUUUGGGGCAUGUGAGGUACUGUAUCUUAACAAAGUGCUCUCUAAGGACUCCAUUCAGCUUUAAUAUCGUAUGCUUUUUAAAAAUGAAAGUAAUAAAUG